GUAGAUAAGCUCCAAAGAGCUGCGGCGGCGGCGGCGGCUCUGCUCAGUCACACCGUCACUCGUCGCGGAGCGUCUCGGACCAGUCGCUGAUCCCGUCUCGGAUCCCGUCUCGGACCAGUCGCUGAUCCCGUCAACACCGCGCUGACAGUGCUGACAUUCAACAGCCGCGGUGACCAUGGUUUCUGGGCGCGCACUGCACUUUGUCCUCAAGGUCGGCGACCGUCCGGCCACCACAAAGUUCUUUCGGGACAUCCUCGGGAUGAAGAUCCUGCGUCACGAGGAGUUUGAGGAGGGCUGCAAGGCCACGUGCAACGGCCCCUACGACGGCAAGUGGAGCAAGACCAUGGUGGGCUACGGCCCCGAGGACUCUCACUUUGUCGUCGAGCUGACGUACAACUACGGCGUGUCCACCUAUCGGGUCGGCAACGACUUCCUCGGCCUGACGAUUCACUCUCGGUCGGCGGUGGCGGGCGCGCGGCGCGCCGGCUGGCCGCUGCGUCAGCAGGGCGACCUGCUGGUGACGGAGGCGCCCGGUGGCUACCCGGUGCUGCUGCGCGACCAGGACGCGCCGGCCGGCCACGACCCGGUGCGCCGCUGGAGCCUGGCCUGCUCCGACCUGGAGCGCUCGGUGGCCUACUGGGGCCAGACGCUGGGCAUGGCGGUGGAGGAGCGCGCCGCCGGCCGUGCCCUGCUCUCGUUCGGCGGCGACCAGGCGCGACUGGAGCUGGUGGCCAGCUCCGCGCCGCUGGACCGCGCCGCCGCCUUCGGGCGCAGCGCGUUCGCCGUGCCAACGGCCGAGCUGGCCGAAGCCGAGGCGCGGGUGCGCGCCCAGGGCGGCGUCGUGCUCACGCCGCUGGUCACCCUGGAGACGCCCGGCAAGGCGAACGUCAGCGUGGUCAUCCUGGCCGACCCGGACGGCCACGAAAUCUGCCUGGUGGGCGCCGAGGGGUUCGCGGAGCUGUCGCAGGUCGACACGGAGGCCGACGCGCUGCUUCAGAAGGCCAUCGAGGCCGACAAGUCGGACCAGUGGUUCGCCAAAAAAGGCGGCAAGAAGACAGAGGCCUAGAGCUGUUGGGCGCCGCGGGGGCUUGCAGCUGGGCGAGCCAUGACAGGGACACGCGCCCCGGGCUCACCGUUCGGUCGGAAAACGAGCGAACGGCGGCUACCUUUCACCGUCACCUGGACGCUGGUUAGUUAUGUUGCUUUUGGUGGAAUUUUUUAUAUCAUUUUUACAACGGGGCUUUUGCGCAGGAGCGAAGCUUUGUCUCAUGUGAACGACGCGCCCUAUUGAUCUGUGCAGCGAUAUUGUGUUUAUCUCGUACUUACCCUGUAUACGAACACAUGCCAAUGUUGGAAAGCGCGCGUUGGAGAGGGGCAUGCCAUUGUAUUUACGUAUACCCAUGGUUGUGGUGUUGGUCUUGAACAGCGAUUCAAAUACAGUGCAAUUAAGCUUCGUGUC